GCCAUUUUGUGUUGUUCUUCCACGUUGACCUUUGCAGUCGGUUUGAUCGGGACAAACGAGAGAUCGGGGGGGAAAAAAAAGGGAAGGGAAAGUAAAACCUGAACCGCCAGCUAAUACAUUCCCAAGAAACAAAAUGUCUCGGGAUCGCUUCAGGAACCGCACAGGAUUUCAGAGACGGGGUGGUAUGAGCCCUCCGUUCCGGGGAGGCGGCGGCGGUAGCAACCGCAACAACGCUCCUAACCGUCCGAACGGAGCGGGAGCCCCGGCCGACGCCCUCAAGCAGCAGCCGGCGGCCUCUGCCUCCAACCAGGUAGCGGCCUCGCAGCAGACCCCCCCUCAGAAAUCACUGGCGCCGGGCUCGCAGAAAUCGGGCGAGCCCGACAAGAAGAACGGCGAGGCGGCGGCCUCUCAGGGCGGCUCGACCGGGCGCGGCGGCGGCGCCGGCGGCGAGGGGGGUAAGCAGCAGCAGGCGUCGUCGCAGGGCGGCGGCUCGGCGGGCUCGGGCUCCUCGGAGAGCCGGCAGGCGCGCGAGGUCAAGGAGGCGGAGAGCGAGCAGGCGGUGCUGCGGGCCCAGCUCUCGCUGCUCCGCAAGCCCGGCGAGAAGACCUACACGCAGCGGUGCCGCCUGUUCGUCGGCAACCUGCCGGCCGACAUCACCGAGGACGACUUCAAGCGGCUCUUCGACAAGUACGGCGAGCCCGGCGAGGUUUUCAUCAACAAAGGCAAAGGGUUCGGCUUCAUCCGCCUGGAAAGUCGAACUUUGGCUGAAAUAGCCAAGGCUGAACUUGAUGAUACACCCAUGAGGGGCCGACCUCUUCGCAUUCGUUUUGCCACACACUCGGCAGCUCUGACUGUCCGUAAUCUUUCUCCUUAUGUGUCAAAUGAACUACUUGAGGAAGCAUUCUCCCAAUUUGGUCAGGUGGAAAGGGCCAUUGUAAUAGUGGAUGAUCGUGGGAGAUCAACAGGCAAAGGCAUAGUUGAAUUUGCAACAAAGCCAGCUGCGAGAAAGGCCCUUGAACGUUGCAAUGAAGGAGUAUUCCUCCUAACUGCCUCUCCACGGCCUGUGAUUGUGGAACCAAUGGAACAGUAUGAUGAUGAGGAUGGUCUUCCAGAGAAGCUUGCGCAGAGAAAUCCUAUGUAUCAGAAGGAACGGGAGCAUCCUCCUCGCUUUGCCCAGCAUGGAACAUUUGAGUUUGAAUAUUCCCAACGAUGGAAGUCUCUUGAUGAAAUGGAAAAACAGCAAAGAGAACAAGUGGAGAAAAAUAUGAGAGAGGCCAGAGAUAAGCUGGAAAAUGAAAUGGAAGAUGCAUACCAUGAGCAUCAAGCAAUGUUACUGAGACAAGAUCUUAUGCGUCGUCAAGAAGAGCUUCGCCGCAUGGAAGAGCUUCAUAGUCAAGAGGUUCAGAAGCGUAAACAGUUGGAAUUGAGGCAAGAGGAAGAGCGCCGUAGAAGAGAGGAGGAGAUGUUGAUGCGUCAGCGGGAGAAAGAGGAAAUGAUGAGGCGCCAAAGGGAGGAGAAUUUCCGAAUGGGAUACAUGGAUCCAAGAGAACGUGACUUGCGCAUGGCUGGAGGAAUGGCAGAACAAUAUGCUGCUACAAACCAAAGCUUUCCACCCAUGGCAGCAAUGGGCUAUGAAGGUCACAGUGCAAUGAAUAGCCCUGGAGGACCAAGUGCAAUGACUGGGCAGAUGAUGAGCAACAGUGGAAACACAAGCGACAUAGCAGGGCGUAAUGACCGCUUUGGACAGGGAGCCCCAGGUCCAAUGAAUGCUCAGCCUCCCCGUCCUAUGGGGCCUACUGGGCCUAGUUUUAGUAGAGGGAGAGAAGAAUAUGAAGCAGGCGGAAAGAAGCCUAGAUUUUAGAAUUCAUAGUACGGUAGUGCAUUCCAGAUUAGUCUUUCAUUUAGACUUGAACUCUUCAUUCUUGCGUUUUUUUAGUUGGUGGCAAAGUUGCAUUUUAUGCCUAUAUAGAUUUGUGUAUUGAUAAAACUUUGUAAACUGUAACAAGUCACGCUGGCACAUUGUGAAUGUUGAAUUAUGUCAAACAACAGUGAUAGUGCUCAUAGGCAUCUUUUCCCAGUACUUUUGACUGUGUACGCUGACGUGCCAUUAAACCUCUAGAAAGUAUGCUCCAUGUAUUUUUUUGUUCUGAAUUGUUCUAGAAGCAUGUUAAAUUGUGUAGGCUAAAAGCCUGUUUUGAAAUGGUGGCAUUCUGUAUUUUGGUGCGUCUUUUUAAAUUAAAACCCAUUCAUAGUGUU